AUGGAGGCCGAAAUCAAGGCUGUCCUCCCGGACAUCGACCCGGUCCUCUCAGAUUACUCGGUAGGAUACCUACGGCACGCAUCUACGGCCUGGACGGGCGGUGAUGAGGAAGCCUCGGAUCUGUCUCCGCUUGCUGAAGCUGCUGCCGCCAUCACAGAGCUUCUCAUCUCAGCUGCUGGCAAUGCCUCGGGUCAGGAAGAAGACAAGAUCCGGAGCCUGGUGACCAGAUGGGUCGAAAAGUACGAGGAGGCCAACGGUGGCCAGCGCCACGGCCCUGCUGCCGUACGCCGCCUCGACCAGGCCAUCCAAGUCGGCUCGCAGCGCAACAUGUCGUCGACGCUGGCUGUGGCAACGGGCAGCGUAGACCUGGAGUCUGCCAACGCGCGCAAGGUCGAGUCCAAGGUCGACCGCAAGAAGCUGGAGAAGGCGGAGCGCAAGAUCGCUGCCAAGCAGAACAAGAAGCAGUUCAAGAAUGUCGAGUACGAGGCAUCGCGGCUGCUCAACGAGCCCGAGAACGGCCAGAGCUACGAGGAGUUCUACAUGGCCGUCAACCCCCUCCAGCUCGGUGCCGGCAGCGGGCCCGGCAAGACAAAGGACAUCAAGCUCGACAAUGUCGACGUCAGCAUCGGCGGCACCAGGAUCCUUACGGGCACCGAUCUCACGCUCGCCUACGGUCAUCGGUACGGCCUGGUUGGUUUCAACGGUGUUGGUAAAUCUACGUUGCUCAGGGCACUAUCUCGCCGUGAACUGCCCAUUCCGACGCAUAUCUCGAUUCUUCACGUAGAGCAAGAGCUUGCUGGCGACGACACUUCGGCUAUCCAAGCCGUACUAGAUGCCGACGUCUGGCGCAAGGUUCUCCUGAAGGAGCAGGCUGAACUCACUGGACGCCUCGCGGAUAUUGAGUCGUCACGGGCUUCAAUGGCCGAUACCUCUACGGAUGCAGCCAGGCUUGACCGUGACCAAGAGGCUCUGGAUACCAAGCUUGGUGAGGUGCAGGCCAAACUGGCGGAGAUGGAGUCAGAUAAGGCAGAGUCGAGAGCUGCCAGCAUUCUCGCUGGUCUUGGUUUCUCCCCAGAACGGCAACAGUUUGCCACCAAGACAUUCUCUGGUGGUUGGCGCAUGCGUCUGGCCCUUGCCAGAGCGCUGUUCUGCGAGCCAGAUCUUCUCUUGCUCGACGAGCCUUCCAACAUGUUGGACGUGCCGUCCAUUACCUUCCUUUCCAAUUAUCUCCAAACAUAUCCCAGCACCGUUCUCGUUGUAUCCCACGACAGAUCCUUCCUGAACGAAGUCGCAACAGACAUCAUCCACCAGCACUCGGAGCGUCUCGACUACUACCGCGGUGCCAACUUCGAGUCCUUCUAUGCGACGAGGGAAGAGCGCAAGAAGGUUGCUCAGAGAGAGUACGAGAACAACGUGGCCCAGCGUGCGCAUUUGCAACAGUUCAUUGAUAAAUUCCGCUACAACGCCGCCAAGGCCGCCGAGGCGCAGUCACGUAUCAAGAAGCUGGAGCGCAUGCCCAUCUUGGAGCCCCCAGAGAAGGAGUACAGCGUGCACUUCGCCUUCCCAGAGGUCGAGAAGCUGUCGCCACCGAUUGUGCAAAUGUCUGGUGUCAAGUUUGGCUACAGCGCCGACAAGCAGCUCCUCUCCAACGUGGACCUGGAUGUGCAGCUCGACUCGCGUAUUGGCAUCGUCGGCCCCAACGGUGCCGGUAAGACAACCAUCCUCAAACUCCUCAUCGGCAAGCUGACCGCCACGGGCGGUCUCGUCUCCCAAAACUCGCGCCUGCGGAUUGGCUUCUUCGCGCAGCACCACGUCGACGCGCUCGACCUGACCAUGAGCGCCGUGAGCUUCAUGGCCAAGACGUACCCGGGCCGCACAGACGAGGACUACCGCCGCCAGCUCGGCGCUUUCGGCAUCACGGGCACGACGGGCCUGCAGAAGAUGGCCGUGCUCUCCGGAGGUCAAAAGUCCCGCGUGGCGUUCGCCUGCCUGGCGCUGACGCAGCCGCACAUCCUCGUGCUCGACGAGCCGUCCAACCACCUGGAUAUCGAGGCCAUGGACGCCCUCGCGAGCGCCCUGCGCGAGUUCCAGGGCGGCGUCGUCAUGGUCUCCCACGACGUCACCAUGCUGCAGACCGUCUGCACCUCGCUGUGGGUCUGCGAGAACGGCACGGUCUGGAAGUUCCCCGGCGACGUCCAGGCGUACAAGAAGAGGAUCACCGCCCAGGCCGAUGCCGCCGGCGUCGUCAAGGCUCAUUAA